AUGGGCGUCGUCUGCUCUGCUAUCGCCAGCGUCUUCAGCGCCAUCGGCCGCGGCCUCAUGGCCAUCGUCAGCGCCAUCGGCUCCGUCAUCAACGCCAUCAUCGGCGGCAUCACGUCGGUCUUUGUGGCCAUCUUCUCGUGCCUCGGCGACGUCUUCUGCUGCCGCUGCGGAAGCCGCAGGCGAGGCGCUCGCUAG